CACGAGACUAGAAAUCCCGUUUCUUGCUGACUCACGUUUUCUACAGCACGCACCCCGCUUCUCCUCAUAGCAUUCGUUGAUGGGACACGGAAUGCGUCGCACCUUCUCAGUCUGUCCUGAUUUCUCGUUGCUCACUCCAAUCCCCUUGCGCUGGGCCAAUUGCGAGAAGUGAUAAGUACUCCCAGAGCACUCGGUCGGUUAGGAGAUCUUAAACUUCAAUCGAUUGAGUCGCGCUUGUCUUUCCCACAGUUUGCCACGUGGCAGUUUCACUCCCGAGCUGCCAUGGCUCCUGGAGAGACCAAUCGCGAUGCUGCAGAUGCCUCCUUAUCGAACCACGUAGACGCAGCCGAGUCGCGUAGUAGUAUCAGCACGCGAAACGUCGAGGAAGACUCCAUCGGCGAGGGUCUACGCCUUAGGAAACUACGGCUCGGCAGGGACGACCAGAAACGACAAACGCUCCACGUGCCAAAGCCGCACGUGCGGCUGACGCACUCCUCUCUCUCAUCCUCGUUAGAAGCUUCCUCGGAACCAGUGUCGCCCGUCGGCCGGCUGUUCUUGGACGACAGCUUUUACACUACGAUCCUAUGUGUGCUGGAAUUUAAGAACCAGAUGGAGAUUAAAGAGCUAAGGGAUAUCAUGGAGCACACGCUGCUGCAGCACCCGCGCUUCCACAGCCGCCUGGCCUCCAGCUCUGGUGGUGUCCCAGGGUGGGUGCUCAUGGAUGCUGCUGACGUGGAUCUAGAGUACCAUGUCGUGGAAGAGGAGGAUGCUGACGUGGAUUCACUGUGCCACGUGGCGGAAGGGGAGGGAGAGGCUUUGUUGGGAAGGAAUGGCGAGAGAGAGGGAACUGGAAAGGGUGGCGAAGGGGAGGGAGGAGGAGAGAGAGAAGGAGGAGGAGGAGGAGAGGAAGGAGGAGGGGAAGGGGAGGGAGCUCUAGAGGCUCACGUGGUGCGACUGCAGUCACUACCUCCCUUUGAUCCCAACCGUCCACUCUGGCAGGUGCACCUCAUUCACCUGCCAGCUGGCAGCCGUCCAAGCGAGCCACGUCAGCGCCACUCUGCAGCCGUGUUCAGGAUCCACCACGCCUUGGGCGACGGCAUCUCGCUCAUGUCGCUGCUGCUUGCCGCCACCCGCCAAACCGACCACCCAAACCUCCUCCCGAGCUUACCAGGCAGCUUGGGCGCCUCCGCCAGGCAAAAGGCCUCCCCUUCCUCCGAGCCUGCAGCUUCCCAGCAGACCCCCUCUUAUAACCCAGCAGCUGCCACUAGUUUUACGAGCAGUGGGAAGGGCAGCAGCAGUGGUGCUGAUGGGAACAUCAGCGCCGGCAGUGGGAAGGGCAGCGGCAAUGGUGCUAGCAGUGGUGGGAACAUCAGCAGGUGCAGCAAGCGGGAGAGCGCACCGAACGGAGUGCCCCGAGGAGAGGCUUUGUGUGGAAGCUUUCUGAAGUUGCUGUGGCUGGCGCUUGUGCGCGCGGUGCUGGCGAUAUGGCAGGCAGUGAGAGUUGCAGUCAACACGGCUGCACAGAUAUUUGAGUUCCUGGCGGUGCUGGCAUGUGUCGCCGACACCCCAACGCCCAUCAAGGGUGGGCCCCACCUGCACAGCCACACCCUGCCGCUCUGUUUUGCUGUCUCCCCCGAAAUGAGUCUGGAGGAGGUUUCAACCAUUCGAAGGGCAGUCAAGGGGGCGACUGUCAAUGACGUCAUGCUGACAGUCAUUUCGGGUGGCAUUGAGCGGUAUCUUGCUCUUGUCAGUCCCCAAACCGGAGGGAUCACAUUGCCUCGCCGCCUACGUGUCAGCGCACUAGCUCUCGUCAACCUGCGUCCAGCACCGGGUCUGCAGGAGCUCAAGGAGCUGAUGGCUGGGCAGAGGUCGCAGGCACGGUGGGGCAACCACCUGGGGAAUGUCCUGCUGCCACUGCCCGUAUACAGCAGGGCGCAGGGGGAGGAGGGUACUGGAUACCGCAGGGAGGAGGUGGAGCGAUUGCAGGCAGUGCAGGCGCUGUGUGCGUCGAGGAAGGACUCUCUCAUGGCGCACUGGACGUACUUGAAUGGGCGAGCGCUGAUGCCACUGGUGGGGUGCAAGGCAGUAGCAGCCCUCACAAGGCGCGGCCUGGACCAGACCACUCUCUCCCUCUCCAACGUGGUGGGGCCUCUGGAGGAGGUGGCGCUGCACGGCCAUCCCAUUGCUGCCAUCAUACCAUCGGUCUACGGCAGCAACCAUGCGCUCACAUGUCACAUCCAGACGUACAAGGGAUCAGCUCGCAUUGUGGUGUCGGCUGUAAAGCAGCAUGUGCCGAACCCCCACCUGCUCUGCCGGUGCUUCGUAGAGGCCUUUCACCAGCUGACUAAGGAAGCAAAGAAACUCAUCUGAGAGGUCAGUAUCUGCUGCUAAUCAUUGAAGCAGCGUGCGCCCAACACCCGCCCUGCUCUGUCAAUGCUUCCUAGAGACUUUCCACCGGCUGACUAAGGAGGCAAAGACACCCCCCAUCUCAGCCCGACACGCACCUGCUCUGCACUGAAGCAGUAUUUGCUCUGCUCUGACACAGGGCUUCUGUGCCGACCCUGUCUAGAAGCCUUCAGGCACCUGGCAGAGGAGGCAAAAAUGCUCGUUUGAUUUACUGUAGAUCUCUAUUUCGUGCGACAGGUGUCCUGGUUUGGGAAAUCAGUGUAAAUAUGGCAUUAAUUAGUGUUCAUUUACAGUUGUGCUACACUCCAGAAAGGGAAUACUACAUUGCAACAGAUACAAAAUGCGAAUGAAGGCUUUCUGUUCUG